CUUGAGUCAUCCAAAUGAUUUCUCCAAACGCUUUGCCUUUCUAGUUAUGGAAUUUAUUGCCACGCUUAUUCGAGUUACACUGCCUAACUAUUUACAGUCUCUUCCAAUUCCUUCGAGCGUUAUGGGAAUAGCAAAACUUACAGGGAGUGAAUGGCUUCGCCUUGUACCAGUGGUGGGUACAAUCACUGUGCUGGCCUACGUCACAUACCAGGCAUUCCGCAAGGGCAAGGCUCCCCCAAGUGACUUGCGUGUGAAUCUGCGUAUUAUGAAGGAGGCUUCCAAGGUCGUCAACAUGGUGGAUAUCGAGGAUCUUGGGGAUAAAGUCUCCUACUGUCGAUGUUGGCGAUCCAAGAAGUUCCCUAUCUGCGACGGCAGUCAUAACAAGCACAAUGAGGACACUGGGGACAAUGUUGGGCCCCUGGUCCUCAAACGACGGGAACCUGUUGCAGCCACAAAAUAACUGCAGACAAUAUUCUUGCCAUGCCUCCUGCUUCCAGAUUGUGUACAUUCCUUUGCAUGUUAAAUGGCCGAGAUCAAAUUUGAGAACUUUGGUUUCACAUAUGAUGAGAGCAUUGGUAUUGUAAAAAGAUAUAAAUUGUUUUAUGUAUUUGUUCUUUAAUUUCAAAACUGUUGUAAGGCUAGAAUGAUUACAACAUUUUUAAAUUUGAAAACACAACUAAUUAUCAAUUUAUGGUUAUCUUCCAAAGUGUUUUGUCAGACGAAAGACUCAAAUAGAUAUUCAUGGCAUGAUUAAACAAGUUUUUUAUCUUAAGACGUUUUUCUCUUUUCAAGAUAAGAUAAGAAAUUGUAUUGCAUUCAGAACAGAGAAUUCAAAUAAAUGAGUGCAUUGUAGAGUAUGUGAUAGUAAUUCAGUUAUUGCUUAAAGAAUUUAUAGUUAACGUUCUGUGGCUCACAGUUUGACGAGGGUUUAAAUGGUGGUACAAAAUCAAUACAUGUUUAAGCAGAAAUUUGAAGUUGUAAUAGUCUUCAAAUUUGUCACACAAAGGUUGAUAUUCAUUAAUUUUUGUUAAUGGUGUAUGAAAGAUUUGGUAUUGGUUUAGGCUGUUUCCCGUGAGUGAAAGCAUUAUACAAUAAUCAUGUUAUAGUCAAAGAAUGAUUUUACCUCUUGUUCAAAAUAGUUUUCAUUGGUCUUAUAAGAACUAUGCAUGUGAGGUAUUUUUGUGGAAACAAAAAAUUGAUUUAUAGUUUAUGAUGUCAACAUUAUUUGUACGAUUUCAUUCAUUGAACUGCAUUGAUAGUUUUCAUUGAAAAUGUUUAUAAUUUUGAAUGUUAGCUCUUAUUUUGAUAUGGAGUAUCUAUUAAACAUGUUCUUAUAUACAUGUAGUUAAGUAUUAAAUAAAUUCAUUGAUAAGCUA